AUGCCGCCCCGGCGCUGGCUGCGGCUGCUGCUGCUGCUCCAGCUGUGGCUCCAGCUGUGGCUCCAGCUGUGCCCCCGCGCGGCGGCCGCGGCCGGGAGGGGCAGGAAGGGCAGGAAGGAGCCCCCGGAGCCCCUGAACGCCUCCCUGGCCACCGGCCACGAGCCACAGCUCCUGGAGCCCCCGGAGCCGCGGAUCGCGGAUCCCCGCAGGACCUGGAUCUCCUUCGUGCACCGCCCCGACGACGGCGGCCACGCCAAGAGGAAAUGCAAAGGCAAAGACAAGAAAUUGCGAGGCCUGGUUGGGCCUCCAGGGCCUCCUGGGCCUCAGGGCCCGCCGGGAGCUCCUGGGGCUGAAGUCACCAGGGAAUUUCUUCUGCAGGAAUUCAAGGAGAUCUUAAAAGAAGCCAUGGAGCAGCGAGCCUCCCUGGCCCUCCCCAGCCCGCUGCCCCCGCUGCUGCUGUCGCUGCCGGAGCCGCGGCCGCCGCGGCGCCUGGACGAGGCGUUCCACUGCCAGCUCAAGGGACACGUGCUGGUGGACAAGAAGACCCUGGUGGAGCUGCAGAAUUUCCAGUCGCCCCUGGCCAAGGGCGCGUUCCUGCGGGGCUCGGGGCUGAACUUGGCCACCGGCCGCUUCACGGCGCCCGUGGGGGGCAUCUACCAGUUCUCAGCCAACAUCCACAUCGACCACAGCGAGCUGAAGAGCCGGGGGCAGCUGCGGGCGCGGGACAGCGUGCGGGUGUUGAUCUGCAUCGAGUCCCUGUGCCACCGCCACACCUCCCUGGAAGUCAUUGCUGGGCUGGAGAGCAACAGCAAAAUCUUCACCAUUUAUGUCCAUGGCUUGCUGCAGCUGCAGGCAGGUCAGUACACCUCCAUCUUCGUGGACAACGGCGCCGGCGCCGCCAUCACCGUGCAGACGGGCUCGGAUUUCAUGGGGAUGCUGAUGGGAGCCUAGAGCGACCCCAAAUUCACAAAAUCCCA